AUGAACGCCAUCAGCAUUGGGGAGUCUGGCCUGCGGGUGGGCUCAGCCCUGCUCAGCAUUGUGGCGGGGUGCAUCAUCAUCGGCGUGUCCCGCGAGUGUGACGCCGACGCUGUGGGGGGCAUCUUCCUGGGCGCCGGAGGUCUGGGCCUACUCAUCGCCGUCUACCCCUUCAUCCGUGCCUGGCUCAACUUCCACCACAUUCUACCUUCUCUUGGGCACCUCAGAGUCCAUCCCAUGGCACCGACCCCAGCAGCUGAGCAGCCAGCAGAUGCCAUGAAGAGGGAGGCGACUCAAAGCCAGCUGAACCAGGAGCGAUCCAAGGGCCGACUGGGAACGGAAGUGCCAGCGACUGCAGCCCAGCGGAGGAGGGGGUAA